CUACGGCUCACGAGACCCCCUGGCAACGGCACCGGCGGCACCAUCUCCUCCUGCAAGAAAUCCCCACAGAAAUUGGAAAGAAAAAAAGUGAGCGAGGAAAACUACCGAGACCAACGACGGAGAGGAAGAGGGGAACAGGGAAGGGCGAAGCUGCUGCUGCCGCCCAUGGAUCGGAAGCUGGAGGAGGCGAGCAGCAAGCUCGCGUGGCUCAAGCUCGCCUGCGCGGAUGACGAGCGCGCCUGCACGGUGGGCGAGCUCGCCUCCUGCGCCGCCCUGCUCACGGAGCUCAAGGUUCUCCUCACAAAGUUCCCUAGCAUGCCACCAUCAUUUGAGAGGACACCUAAUGCAGUUGCGGAGCUGAAACUCGCAAGGUCCAUAUACGAGUUUGCUGUUAUCUUCAGCAUCAAAGUUAAGGACCAAGAUGCAUUUGAGAGGAACUUCUUCCAACUAAAAGUUUUCUACAUGGAUACAAGAGGCAUACUCCCACCCUCACCAGAAGAAUAUCGAAAUUUGGGGCUUAACCUUAUGAGGCUGUUGGCUGAGAACAGAGUAGCUGAAUUCCACACUGAGCUGGAACUUCUGCCCCCGAGAGCCUUAGACCACCCUUGCAUCAAAUAUGUAGUGGAGCUUGAGCAAUCCUUUAUGGAAGGUACCUACAACCGAGUAAUCAAUGGUCAGCAAGCUGUGCCACAUGAGACAUACCUCUAUUUCAAGGACCUUCUUGCUGAAACUAUUAGAGAUGAAAUAGCUGAUUGCAGUGGUCAGGCAUAUGAUCACUUGCCAGUGAAUGAUGUCAGGGACAUGCUGAUGUUUUCCUCUGAGCAACAGCUUCUGGAGUACAUAUCAGAGGCUCAACAUGAAUGGGAGGUUCAGAAUCAUUCAGUUCUUUUCCACAUGGCGAAGGUCCAACCCCGUGUCGGCAUACAAGCGCAUCAGAUGAUCAAGCGAUCUCUCUGCUACGCACGGGAGCUCGGGAGGAUCGUGUAAUCUGCGAAACAGUGUGGAUAUUAUCUGAUGAGCGGAUCCUAUAACUUGCAAAACGAGGUUGAUUUUGUCCCAUGUAGAUGUAUGUAGUCCGUGAUAUACUAGUAUUUUGUCCGACGAAACGAUCAGCCAAGAUGCCUGAUAGUCUUUUUUUUUUGAAACGGAUAGAUGCUAGAUAGUCAUGUCUCGUGAUAUGCGUUUUCUUUGCUGAAAUUGUUGAAUUUCUGUUGAAAACACAGGCUGGGGACUGCUUGAUGAUGCUCCCUGUUGUGAAAUUCAUUUCAUUUCAGUUCAGUUGGAUAUGUUCAGUUCCAGUA